CUUUAUCCCUUUUUUGAACUCUUGCUUGGUGUUGCUUCUGCUAAAAAAAUAAUGGAGGACUCCUUGAAGCUAUUCUGUAUGCUUGGGAUUUUGGUUUGUGGGUUGGUGAAGCAAUUGGGAGCUAUGGAAGACGGUGGGGGUUUAGGACCAUGCUGGUUUCCAGCAAUAUACAACUUUGGGGACUCAAAUUCAGACACUGGAGGAAGAUCUGCAGCAUUCAAUGCAAUCUCUUCCCCAAAUGGAGAAACGUUCUUUGGACAUCCUGCAGGGAGGGCUUGUGAUGGUCGUCUCGUCAUAGAUUUCAUAGCUGAGCAUCUGAAGUUACCUUACCUCAGUGCAUACCUGGACUCAGUUGGGGCAGAUUUCGAGCAUGGUGCUAAUUUUGCAACUGGAGGUUCAUCCAUUAUACUUCCUGGUUAUAGUCCAUUUGAUCUUGGGAUUCAGAUUGCACAAUUCAUUCAGUUUAAAUCCCGCACUACUGCUCUCUAUGAACAGCUCAAACACAAAGGAAGAAUCCCACCAUUUGAAAGCAAUCUACCAAGGCCAGAGGACUUUCCAAAGGCUCUAUAUACAUUUGAUAUUGGACAAAACGAUCUAGCUUAUGGUUUCCAACAUACAACAGAGAAAGAAGUUCGAGCAUCUAUUCCUAAUCUCCUCAACCAGUUAUCUGAAGCAGUGCAUCUGCUGUACAAUGAAGGAGCAAGGUUCUUUUGGGUGCAUAAUACUGGCCCAUUGGGGUGCUUGCCAUAUAGUGUUAUCUAUAACCAUGGCAAUCGAGAUAAGAGUGGAUGUGUGGAGUCACGGAAUCAGCUUGCUAUGGAGUUCAAUAGGCAACUCAAGGACAAGAUAUCUGCUUUAAGGACACAACUCCCUUAUGCAGAAUUUACAUACGUUGAUGUUUAUUCAGCUAAAUAUGCAGUAAUUAGCAAUGCAGAGCAGCUAGGUUUUGUUAAUCCAUUCAAUUUUUGCUGCGGAAGUUUCUAUGGAUACCAUAUUGAUUGUGGGAAAAAAGCCAUAGUAAAUGGAACAGUAUAUGGUAACCCCUGCAAUCAUCCAUCAAGGCAUAUCAGCUGGGAUGGGAUACACUACUCUGAGGCAGCUAACCGUUUGAUUGCAAAUCACAUUGUUGAUGGAUCCCUCUCUGACCCACCUGUUCCAAUUCAAGGUGCCUGUCAUCAUCCCAGAAACAUUUGAGUAUGAAAUGAAUCUUUCCUGUUACAGUAUGUUACUAAAGUUUUUAUUCUGAUAAAUAAAGAUAGCUCAACCCUUUUGUGUUCUUUCUCCAUAUCCCAUGAUUGAUGAUUCUAUGUUUUUUGUAGCAUUAUAAUUACAUUAUUGCUUCUUAAGUAUUCUGCAACUCUCCACUUUAAUUGCUUUUAAUGAAGGGAAGGAAAUGGAUGCUCAUAAAUGCUUUUCAGGUUU